AUGCCUUUUCUCACCUAUUUCUAUUACAAGUUCCUUGCGACGCUUAUGCGCGCCAUUGUAUGGCUGGGAGGAAGUCGUCCUCUUGCAUACCCAGACGAAGUGCGCCAUAUUUCUUCUCGCGACAGCGGAAGGUCCAUUAAGGUCCAUGUGUACCACGCAGCCAGCAGCUCGGGUCCAUCACCCGUGCUCAUAAACUUCCACGGAAGUGGAUUUCUUCUACGCAUGCAUGGCGAGGAUCACGAAUUUUGCCGGCAGAUCAGCGAGCAGACCAAGUACACCGUCCUGGAUGUGCCGUAUCGACUAGCGCCGGAAAACCCAUUCCCUGCGGCGAUCAAUGAUGUCGAGGAUGCCAUCAAAUAUGUGCUGGGUCGGCCCGACGAGUUCGACCUGUCCCAUCUCUCCCUGUCCGGUUUCAGCGCCGGUGGAAACCUGGCACUCGCAGCAUCGGCGACUCUGUUCCCACCAGAGACGUUCCGAUCCCUGAUCGCCUUCUACCCUCCAGUAGAUCUCAGUGCUGAUCCAGCCACCAAGGGAGCACCAGAUCCAAAUGGCCGUGUCAUCCCUGUCCCUGUUGCGCGGCUCUUCAAUCGGUGCUACCUGCCGUCAACCUUCGACGCGCGGGACCCACGUAUCUCCCCGAAAUUCGCGUCGCUGGACCGGUUCCCGCGCCGGAUCCUCAUGAUCACCUGCGAGGGAGAUUCACUGGCACUCGAAGGAGAGGAGCUAGCGGAGAAGCUGCAGCACGAGGGUCAUUACGUGGUUAGCGAGCGCAUGAAUGGCUGCAGCCAUGCGUGGGACAAGCGCACGAGGGCGGGAACCCCGCAACGCCAGGCCAAGGAACGGGCUUACAAGUUGGCAGUGGAAAUGCUGAACGAGUAA